AUGGGGAUACUGAUGAGGGGAGAUUAGCAUUGUAGAGUGUCUCGUCUGAAGUAGUUGGUGGAUGCUGACCGUGGUCCUUUUUGUUCUCAAGCACUCAAACUCCGGUUUUCAUUAUCGGAGGCUGAGUGCAAUUGGAACAGUGGUGGUAAAUAUGGGGGAUGGUGAUUGUUGAGAACUAGGAAGCCCGUGGAGAUAUUAUGGAGGGGCAAGAUGUCAAGGGUCGAUCACGAGCCUCAUCAACAUCCAGCUAUGGCAGAGAAGUGCGAUGCGGUUGUCAGUAUUUCCAGAGUGACUCAUUGCUACCAGAGAGACGUGCCAUGAUGAUGAGACCCUCGUCCAGAAAUGCUAAUCCAAUGGCAACGUCCCAUACCUGUGAUCAUGAGUAUGAGCCGGUUGGCGCCGCGUGGGUACCGAGGACAAUGGCCCCGACUACGGCGCCAGUUGUCAGGAUCAUCGACACGGACGUCGUGCCCGUCGCCGAUAGCGAUGAUAGCAUCGACGUCAAAGGCCGAUUUACUCCUGGUCCGGUUCUUGAUGACGAUGAUGUGGUGCUUCCCCUCGAUGGACAAAUCGAGGAUAAUGCUAUGGAAGCUAGAGAGCUCGGGAGUGGUGAUACGUCUGAUGACCUGGAGCAUGAAACUGCACAGCAACUGCAGGAUCGACUUGAAGAGCAAUUCCUGAAGGCUGCUACACCCGGUACCGAACCCAGGGCUGAUGAAGAAGUCAAUACCAGUCAGGUGGACUCAUCGGCAAAGGAGGAAUUACCACAACGUCGCGGCGCCCGUGGUUUUCCCCAGCGUUUGCGCUCUCAGGCCGGAAAACUUCGUUCCCGCAUAAAAGGCAUUCAACGACCCAAUUUUACUUUUCCAAUCGAACGAAAAAAAUCCCCCAAAGUGCGCUCAUCCGAGCAUUCGAAAUCUUCUGACAAAACAAGAUCAUCCGAUAAAUCAAAAUCCCCAGAGGGUUCACAAAAACGUGAAUCGACAAAAGAUAAACCGAGUAGAAUAGAUCGAAUAAAAUCAUCACUGCUGGAGCGACCAAAAUUUUCACUUCCGGAUAAAUCAAAAUUUCCAAAUUUUCCAAAGCUACCGAGUAGAUCGAGUUUUCAUCUGCCGAGUCUACCGGGUAGACGUAAAACCCCAAGCCUUGGAGAACAACAGAGACAGCACUCGAGUGAAUCGACUGCAGGGUCAAGAAGAAAUAUUUUUGACUUUUCCACUGUGCCAAGAUUAUUCGAUCGAAAGUCAAAGGAGCACGGUGAGUAUGCCACAUCAUCGCCUAAGGAAUCCAGAGCGCAGUCAGCUGAGAGCACGACCUUACCAAGAGUUAAAAAGUCCCCAGCAUCGUUUGGAAGCCGAUGGACAGCUCGUUUCACGGACAUUAAACUCGAUGACGAAGAAGAGAUAGAGAAGCCUUGGAAGCAUCCUAACUUAGAGAAGCCAAGGCUCUCAUUGCGUGGACAGGAAUCAGUCGAGGACCCAGAACCAAUAGGAUGGAUUGACGAGCAUCGAGCUAGUAUCCAGGGAGAAGACCUUCCCUACGAUCUACAAGGAUCAAAACCGGAGAUAAUUGAAGAGGCGACUAUCCCCAAGUUAUCCAAGAUCAUUCACCGGGAUUCCGAGGAGUCCUACGAGCCAGAACUCCCCCAAAUUGAUCCGAGACUGUACGGUGAUCAAGACAUUGGUCGCCUAGAAAGGGAGGAAUUACAGCAAGAAAUGUACAGAGUCUCAUUCGGCGCUGUCGAUCCUCACGAUCAUCACAUCAAGCGAUACCCGUCCUCGGAAGGAAGAGAUUCCAAGACCGAGGAGGAAGGAGUGAAUGAUCAGGAGCCGGAGGAUGGGGAAGAGGAAGAGGAGCGUUACUCGAGUGAACCCGAAGAUGAGUCCGCUCAGUCUGAUCGAGAACAACAGCCAUCAAGUGGAAGUUCCUACGAGAGAAGACGUCGAGGUGUUAUUGAGGAGAUAGAUUCCGAUGAAAUUUUUGUGAGGAUGAAAGGAAUUAGCCAGGACGACAUGACAGUGGCAAAGUACUUGACAUCAGAGAUAAGAGAGGCAUUGAGAGCGCCAGGAAAUGCAUUAGCAGACGAGAUAAUGGUCCUCGAUUCUCCACCUCAACCGCCCCCUCGGCGUCCCGCUCGCAAGAGAAAUCUCCGUCAACGAAAGGAGUCCCUGGAGUCAAUCGAAAAUAUUCCCCCCAACAGGCCCAAACGGAUCUUACGAAGAAGUGAAGAAUCAGAUUAUGGAUCUAAUAUUAUAGAUAACUCUGACAGUCUCUCAGGCUCUCAUCAUCGCAUCGUCUAUCAUGCAGAAUCAGCCCCAAUGGACCUCAGUCAUGUUGAGCCUCUGGAUGACAUCAUUGUGGUGAAACCCCUCCGGAGAAAAUCCAGAUCAUCAUUGAGAAGUUCUUCUCUAGUCCCUUCCGAACCAAUUCUCGAGGUCUACCCGGAAAUGUCUCCUCCACCAGUCCCUCAGAGACGCAAACGACGCGCUCAAGAAAUAAAACAGCAAGUAAAUGGGAUAGAAUCGUGCAAUGGACAUCACACACCAGAUCUGGAGCUCUGGAGAACUGAGAUCAUACGUCCACAGUCAGAGCCUCCGGUGAAACCCGCGAGAAUGGCCAGCAGGGAAACCAUGAACAUAAUAACUAAAGUAGAAGAUGAUUACAUUGAACCACAAUCAGGACUAGACCUGGAGCUCGAAAUGGAGCGCGCUCCAGUGCCACCAAAGAGACGUUCAAGAUCCAGAGGAACUUCAAUAUUCCAGGACGAUGAUAUUAUUUCUAGAGGAGCUGAAUCAAUAGAUGUAGCGUACAUAGAUGACGAUGAAGAGGACAAUGAGAGAAUUUCCAGAGACGACACCGACUCACGAGAUUUUCCUGGUUAUGCAGUUAUCGAUAAGAAAGAGAAGCCUCCAAGACCUCCACCGCCUAGAAAACGUCGAGAUAAAUUCGCAACGACCCCGCGACGAUCUUCCGGGCCCUUGAGACCCCAGAGAGCUUACAGUACACUCCGUCCAAGGUCUUAUGAUCGGCCAGAAGAAGAUCAAGUGACGCCUUACGAUGAAAUUGACCCAGAAGAGGGGCAUGAAUUAGAAGAUAUCGAUGGAGAACACCUGCGGGAGCUCAUGAGUGGCCAGGUAAUGAUGAAGAUGGCAGGAAGACCCUUACCUGCACCACCUAGACCUCUCCGCACCAAAGGGAAGGAUAGAGCACAAGGGCGACAAGAGGACGAACAAGAUUUAUCGACUUACGCAUCUUCCACACAGACUGAUCCCCUGCCUGAUGACAUGAUCAUUGAGGAGGAAAUCAUACAAGCUAGGGCUGUCAUCACUUCCUCAUUAACCGGAUCACAGAUCCUGGUGUCCACUGAACGAAUACCCACUCCCCGUCCGUUUCAAAUUACAGCAAUUUCUCAUGAGGAAAUCUCUAGUCUCGAUCACGAUGUGUUAAGGGGUACAUCAACGAGAUCAGAACCGGAAUUAGCGAGAAAACGAAGGGAUGACACCCCUGACAGAGACUUGGGCGUUCCUCAUGUGCCACCUCUUCCAUCUCAAGCAUUACUUUCAGAAUUUUCAGAUGUUCCACCUCAACGACCACCAAGAACCAGAAGUCAAAGUCUCUCGGUACGAGGGGAUGACAGUCAUGACCCAAGAGUGUCAGCAAUUGAGGAGUUAGAGGAGAGAUUGACGGCUUUACUGACCAGUGAGACAUUUAAAAUAGCAAACUUGGAGGUUGGAGAUUUACGAGUUGAUAAACUGAGUGUUUCAACUCUGGAGGCUCAUAAAAUAGCAGUAUCUGAAUUGGAUGCCAUCGUAGUAUCAGCAUCGGAGAUAACUUGUGCUGAGGACGAUGAGCCUGUGAUCAAUCCUUCGUUAUUGAGGGAGUUGGUAGCAAUUCGGAAUCAAUUGGAGGCUGUAGCAGCUUCUCAACCUCAAUCGUCCCCUGGAACACCUUUCCGAGUGCCGGAGGAUUCCCCAAAUGACUCCAAGACUGAAUCAACAAUCAUCGAAGUUAAGGAAUCAAAGGCAGGGUCUCCAAAACAGCAUCAAUUGCAAUUAGAGCCCUUGUCGAAAUCGAUGGAGACUCGUGCAUUGUACUCAAGUCAGGGAUCUGAGCAAGUGCCUAUCAGAGAGAUUUCCCACCAAGAGGACCCUGUCAAAGAACUAUCCCCAACAUCAUCCAAAUCAACAUCAAGGGCAGACUCACCAAUGAGGACGAUCUCCACAGGACCCUUGAUGAGCAGAGAAACUGCAUCUCCAGUUCGAUCACUCCCCCCUGCCAUUUCAGUUACUCCAGACACAGUGGAGCCAUCACUCCCUCCAGAGGCGCCGACGGUGCUCCACAAACAAUUCGAAACGUCCGAAUCAAAACCACAACGUGCAACAAUAUCAUACUCAGCAGAAACUUCCCCAGAAUCUCCAGAAUCUCUAGAACGUUCAUCACCGAUACCACCUCAGUUUAUCGCAUUUCAGACGUCCCAAAUACCUCCCCAAUUUUUCGCCCUCUCCUCACCACAAAUUCAAACUCACCAGCAAGUCUCUAACUCUGGUAACGAUGAACCAGGUGUUAUUGAUAUGACACAGCAGUUACUGCGAGCCUUGAGGCGAGCUGGUAAACGUGCAAUGCGUCAUUUUGUCAGUUACGUUGUUUCCAGAGUUAGUCAGGAAGAAACUGAUGCAAAGAUCAGAGAGGUAGAACUAACACUAUGUGCUCUUCUACUGAUCAUUGCUGGGCUUCUUAUUGUUUGUUUUGCUGCUCCCAGAACUGUUAACCACCAUCAUCAUUGGGAUUACUUCAAUCCCCCUCGGUUGUAGGGGUUGAACGUGAAACGUUAUUUUUAAUUCUAGGUGACCCUCAAGCAGCAAAAUAUAAUUCAAUUUUUUUGGUAUAGAAACCCUGAGAAUUGACUAUACAAAUGACUCUGUAUAAUAAUGCUAUAACAUAAUUAAUAUUAUAUUUCACGUAUAUUUCUACAAUUGUUGACUAUGAAUAAUUGUUACUUAUAUGCUUUAAUACAUAAAGUAUUCAUUGAUUAUAAACAAA